CCACAGAACAACUCACUGCGGAAGGACACAAACGACGUGUUCCAUUAUGACGUCAUCUUGUGGGUUCCGCCCCCUGUCCCUCCUGGCGAUACUAUUGGUCGCGGAUUUCACCAAUUCCGCACCUACAAAUGGGCACUUAAAGCCAGGCGCUCACGGCCGCUCUCCCUCUCGACCGAGUUGGCACUUGCUGCUGGCACUCUGGCGACCCAAGGGAGAAGGAGUGACGGCCGGGGGCACGCAUCCCCCCGGCGAGGUCCUGCUCACGCCCACUCAGCCUCUGCCGGCGAAGGAGGCGCAGCCCACGCGAACGGUUCCUCCCACCAGAGGAGUCCUGCCGACGAGAGUGGUUCUUCCCGCCAGAGACGUGAUUCGGGAGAGAAUAGUCCUUCCGACUCGCGAAGACCUGCCCGACGGGAGGGUCCUGCCGGUGAUGGAGCCUUUGCUCCCCCGGGGCGUUGCGCCUCCCAGGACUGGGGAUCCCAGCGAGGGCAGCGAACCCCCGGCAGUGCUGCACGUUGUGAGCACUCCCUACGCACACACACCCGAACCCCCGCCGCACCCACAGACUCCGAUCCGCGGCGAGCCCUUCCCGCACUUUGAAACUGAAGCCCUCCCUUCUCAUUCUGUGAGCGGGGCGGCGGGAAUCCCCGAGGGCUUCCCGGCCCAAGACAAACAAGAAGAGGACUUUCCUAUUGCUUCCCCUGUCACGGAGCGCGCGGAAACCGUGACCACCACCACCAGGAAAUUGUAUCUCCCGUUCACGGUCAGAACGUCUGUCCGAGAGGAACACGGGGACGGCCUCAUGGAAGGCUUCGGCACAUCCAGAGGAGACUUGACCAGUAACGUUGUUGUAUCAACAACAAUAUCAAACCAUCAGUCCGUUCCUAUCACGCUGCAAAGUUCCUCAAGAACGGUAGUGAGAACAAGCCAGAACAUCCCCAGCCUCACCACCGCGUACACGACGGCGACGUCCCCGCUGACCAUGCACACGACGACGACGGAUCAGGUGAUCACCAUGGGCAGCCCCGUGUAUAUGCACGGAACGCCUGGAGUCGAAGCCUCCCUCGGAACUCCGAUGUCGGUCUCGCCGACGAGAACAAGGAAGGCCAAUAUGCUGAACCACAGGGCAGGGCUGUUUUCUGCCAGCCACCCCACGUCGCAGGGAGUAGAUGGGUCACGGGGCGAGGAAGCGAAGGGCCCUCAUAGCAACAAAGGAAGCAAAGUCUUGGAACUUGAGGGUCCAGUUGUCAUGGAAACACUCGAUGGGUCUUCUCUUGUCCCGCUUGUCGGAAGAUCAAAGGAAGUCCUGACUCUGAAGGGAGAUGGAAAAGCCAUCUUGGCGAUAUUACAGGUUGCUCAGGGGUCCAACACGCUGGAGGACCCCUUCCAUGUCACGUCAGUCAUUAGAAAGCACGACCAACCUCUCCCGACGGACGGUAACACCAGUGAAACUUCACCUUCAGGUCUUUUGGAUCAACAAGCAACACUACAAGAUCCUUUGAGAAACAAAAACCUCGAAAGCGAAUAUUUAGAUCACCCCAAGCCGCUGAUCAUUCCAGACAGUCCUCAGAUUAGUGGAUUAACGAAUUUACUCGACAAAGAGUCUAAAUCAGACGACAGCCAAAAGUCUUUAAAUGCGUUAGAUGUUCACGAGAAGGCUCACCUGCUCCUCACCGUCCCGAAGAAGGCGGUCCCCUCUCCCGAAGCGCCGACGACCACUGCCAAGCCCAUUUACGAGGAGAUCUCAGACACGCUUCAAGUGGACAGUAGCAUUGACGAUGUCGAAGACUUUGACAUUCUCAUUAAACAUACUGAAAACACCGACGAAUUCUUAUCCCAGACGAACCAGUCCCACACGAAUCUAAUCGACGCAGAACUCCACAACGGCCACGAGAUCCCUCCGUCAACCGACCCAACGGCGGCGACCUCACUCUCCCCCGGCCAGGCCUCCUCCACCCCGCCCACGCCGGAACACCCGCCGACGACAGCCACCGCUCAGCCGCCGACGCUUGACGACCCUGAGACGACCACCAGCCGCCUCCUCACGACGUCUCCUCCUGAGGAAGACGAGGAGGAGGAGCUCGAGAGGGAGAGCCACACCGAGGACUGGUCUGUGUUUGUAGCCAACGUGUCCUCGCUGAGCAACAAGAGUCUGGCCCUGAACGAGUCCGUGUUCCAGGCUCGCCCCGAAAUGAGCAUUGAAGAUCAUCACAAGAUUGUUCUGAAGGAAAGAGGUAGUCUGAUGCUGCAGCUGAUGGACCCUUCAGCUGACCCCUGCAGCGACUUCUACCAGUUCGCCUGCGGGAAGUGGAAUGGGAAGUUCCCCAUAAGGCAGGAUAAGGCGGUCGACAACACCUUUGAGCGCCUGAAGGAGGACCUGGAUGAUGUCCUGAGGUCGCUGCUGGAGGAACCGACGUCAGAGACCGACAACAACAUCACGAAGGCGGUCAAGACGUUGUACUCCGGCUGCAUGAACAUCGAGCGGAUCGAGACCCUGGGAGCGGCGCCCCUGCUGGAACUCCUGGACGAACUGGGCGGCUGGCCCGUGCUGCUGGGCGACGCCUGGAACGGGACCGACUACGACUGGGUGAGGCAGAUGGCUCAGCUGAGGAAUUACAACAACGACAUCUUGAUCUCGGAAUGGGUCGCCGCCGACAUCACGAACUCUUCAAAUCACAUCAUUCAGCUGGACCAGCCCAUGCUUGGCCUCCCGGGCAGAGAGUACUUCAUCAACCCCGGCGACUUCCAGUACCGCGAAGCCUACCUCAACCUCAUGCUCAGCGUCACGCAGAUCCUGGGAGCCUCCGUCGACGUCGCCCUCAGGGACAUGACGGAGGUCCUGCACUUCGAGAAGCAGCUGUCGAGGAUUCUCACGGCGGCGGAGGAGCGGAGGAACAUGUCGGCCAUCCACCGCAAGAUGACGCUGGAGGAACUCAAUAACGAAGUCCCGGGGAUCGACUGGCAGGACUACAUCGACGCCAUCGGCUGGAACAACAACCACACGGAGGAAAUCGUCGUCUUCGGCCUCGACUACUUCAGGAAACUCGUCCCGCUUCUGAAUGAUACGGACAGCAGAACCAUCAGCAACUACCUCCUGUGGCGUUUCGUGAAGAACCGGAUCAGCAACCUGGGAGACAAGUUCACGCGGGUCAAGCAAGACUACAUCAAGGUCCUCUUCGGCAGGAAAUCCCAGCCUGAGAGAUGGCGGUCGUGCGUGGAGUAUGUCACAGGGAACCUCGGGUACGUGGUCGGCGCCAUGUUUGUCCGCCGGUACUUCCCUGAAGCCAGCAAGCACGACACGGAUGAGAUGAUUUCGCUCAUCCGAUUCUCCUUCAAAACGGCAGUAAAGGAAGCCUUGUGGAUGGAUCCGGACACGCGCAGUGUUGCCAUGGAAAAAGUGGACACGAUCGUCAAGAACGUUGGCUACCCUGAGUACCUCAUGAACGACACGUACAUGGAUCAAGUUUAUUCAGAGCUGAGCUUUAGUCCCGACGAACACUUCAAGAACGUCCUGAAGAUGCUACAGUUCCACGCCCGCACCAACCACAACCUCCUCGCCGCCCCCGUCAACCGGACCGCUUGGGUGACGACGCCCGCUGUGGUGAACGCCUAUUACAGCCGCUCCAAGAACAUGAUAGUGUUCCCCGCGGGAAUCCUGCAGCCUCCCUUCUACCACCCGGCCUUCCCCAAGUCCCUCAACUACGGGGGCAUUGGCGUUGUCAUCGGGCACGAGAUCACGCACGGCUUCGACGACCGCGGCCGCCAGUUCGACAAGAACGGGAAUCUCAACCAGUGGUGGAAGCCCGAGGACGUGUCCAAGUUCUACCAGAGGGCGUCGUGUAUGUUGGACCAAUAUGGUGAGUACAAAGUGGACGAAGUUGGCCUCAACAUCAACCCCGUCAACACCCUUGGCGAGAACAUUGCAGACAACGCCGGGAUCAAGAUUGCUUACCAGGCCUACAAGAAAUGGGCCGAGAAGAACGAGGAGCAGGUGACGGUGCCCUACGUCAACCUCACGCACGACCAGCUGUUCUUCCUCAACUUCGGCCAGAUCUGGUGCGAGAACAACAGGCCCGAGGCGAUGCUCACGAAGAUCCGAAGCGGCCAGCAUUCGCCCAACAAGUUCAGAGUAAUAGGGACGCUUUCCAACUCGGAGGACUUCAGCAGAGCCUACAACUGCCCCGUUGGGUCCCGGAUGAACCCCGAGAGGAAGUGCAAAGUGUGGUGAGCUUGAAGCGCCAUGAAGAGAAAAAGAUAGAAACGGAAGAAAAUAUAUAUAUACAUACUACCAGACUACUUUGCAACGAGAGAGUGCAGGCGGUUUGAGCGGCAGAGCAGAGAUUCUUUAGCGUUGCGUUGCGUGGCUGCGGUCGACGGGGCAGUGAGGGGCGUGUCGAUGGGAAAGAGAUGGGAGGAGGAGUCUCAGCGCCACACUUCAAGUACCGAUUGCCCAGUAUGCGUUUGUAUACAGACGUCUAUACCGACACCAAUGACACAACACACAGAUAUAUACACUCAUUAGACACAGAGACACAUAAACGCAUACAGAAUUACACACGCGUAUACCGCAGACGGGAGAUAAAAGUUUGAAAACCUAUAAAAAAAAAAAAAGGCAAGGGAAUUGAGAGGAAUACAGAGAA